CCGCCCCCGCCCGGCCCCAGUGGGCGGGGCGUCCGGGAGCCCACAGCGUCAGGGUCGCCGACCGCCGGGAGGCCGCCGCGUUCCCUCCCCGCCGCGUCUCAGCUUGUGGGCGACUUCGGCGCUUGACAGAAAAUAGACUUGUAGACCCUGAGGCGGAGGCCCGGCUGGCUCCACCUCGUACCCGCAGCGAGACCCGGGACAAGUGACUGGAUUUCUCUGCUGGCUCUUUCUCCGCAAAAUAAGGAUAAUAGGAUCAGCUUUGAAGGUCGUUUGCGGGGGUUAGAGGGAAGAACACAACCCAAAGCGGCCAGAAAGACUGAUCACAUAGAGAAAAAAAUGGAAGGCCUGCCUGAUGCUGCUGCUUUUGCAACUAGGCUUAAAAACACUCUCAUCCAAUAUCAUAGCAUCGAAGAUGAUAAGUGGCGAGUUGCCAAGAAAGUGAAAGAUGUAACAAUUUGGAGAAAACCUUCAGAAGAAUUUAAUGGAUACCUGUUCAAAGCCCAGGGUGUUAUAGAUGACAUUGUCAAUAGUGUCAUAGACCAUAUACGCCCAGGUCCCUAUCGCUUGGAUUGGGACAGCUUAAUGACUUCAAUGGAUAUUCUGGAACACUUUGAAGAGAAUUGCUGUGUGAUGCGCUACACUACGGCUGGUCAGCUUUGGAAUAUAAUUUCCCCUCGAGAGUUUGUGGAUUUCUCCUACACCGUGGACUACGAAGACGGGCUUUUGUCCUGUGGGCUAAGUGUUGACUGGAGUGAACAGAGACCAGAGUUUAUUCGUGGGUUUAACCAUCCCUGUGGCUGGUUCUGCGUUCCACGUAAAGACAAUCCACAGCAGAGUCUCUUGACGGGCUAUAUUCAGACGGAUCUGCGUGGGAUGAUCCCGCAGUCUGCGGUCGAUACAGCCAUGGCAAGCACUUUAAUCAGCUUCUAUGUGGAUUUACGAAAAGCCCUACAGAAGGCCUAAGAUGUCUAAACUCGUAGGACAGCCGUUCCCCCAAAUCAACUUUUUCCCUCAGUGGCGUGGCCUGUGAAAAUCAUCCUUUUCUCUCUUCUGUGUAGCUGUAGAAACAUGAGAUGAUUUGUCAGUUUAUCUUAUUCCUUAGUUAUCUAAGAGAAGGCAUCUCCGUUUCCUUAGACAGUUGUUUGCGCACUGUUUGGUACAGCGGCGCAUCUUCUUUGACCGAAACUCUUACGAAACUGAACAUUGCCUCGAUGUGAAUAUGAAAGCACAAGCUUCAUACUGGUAAAGUCAUCUGUUUUAGAGCUUUACGAACCUUUAAAAGUUUUAACUAUCUUAGGAAAUUAAAUAUCAGUGCUUUACUUUUGGUACGCUCUAUGAGUUGGCCAAUAUCUAAAGAGAAGAGUUCUUUAUAUUUUAUAAAAGGUGAACUUGUCAGUUGACUUGUACUACUUCAAAUAUUGAAAAAAUCAGAAAUAGAAGAAUAGAGAUAGUAUAGAUAUAAUUCAGACAGUUGUUUUGAUACCUAGAUAACAUUAUUUUCUGGAUAUCUUUUAAAAAUGUAUUUGUAUCUUUCUGUCCAUUUAUUUUGGAAGUCUUCCAAAGUGUUUAUGCACGGAUGAGACCAAGAACUGCCAAGUAUGUGCUGGAGCCACCAACCCGAUGGCUUGUGUAAAGGGCGUGGUGAUGUCCUACAUUCACCAACAGCAAAUCGUCCAGAAAUCAAAUUCAAUGAGUGUUUUCAUAUUUCAGUUUUUUCUUUUUUUAAGACAAGCCCUCGAGAAAUAGCUUUUAAUUCUGAGAAGUAUCCAAUAUUCUGUAGGAAAAUAAUCAGAUUUUUAGUCUUUCUCAUUUCAUCCAUGUUCACAUUUCAAAGUAUCGCUCCCCUCAAAGUGUUACUGACUGCAUCAUACACGUUCACGAGUGUGAACGUGACUCAGUCUGGAACUUUUUUUUUUUUUAUUUUUAUUUAUUUAUGAUAGUCACACAGAGAGAGAGAGAGGCAGAGACAUAGGCAGAGGGAGAAGCAGGCUCCAUGCAGCAGGAGCCCGACAUGGGAUUCGAUCCUGGGUCUCCAGGAUCGCGCCCUGGGCCAAAGGCAGGCGCUAAACCGCUGCGCCACCCAGGGAUCCCAGUCUGGAAGUUUAGUACAUGCGUUCAUACAUUUGUCCACUUGCCUAGAUGAGUCAUUUUAUAAAACUGGCUUGGACUGUAAUAGACCCCGUGACUCCAUGGCUGCCUUAAAUGAACAUUCCCAAAUGAUCUGAACAUUCCAAGUGAUUCUGUUGCUUUUGAAUAGCCACCUGGUUGACUUCCAAAACGAGACCUUGAGACAACUCGCUGUAUCCUUGCGGGUGUAUUUAUGCUUGUAUUCAGGCCUAUAUCUUGAAAUCUGUCUCCUGUUCAGUGGGAGUUACGUGGUACUUACUGUUUCUAAAUGUUUUGUUUCUUUUUUUUAAAUUAAUCUGAGGUUUCUUCUGUUCCAGCAUACUGUCUAGGAUGGUGAAAUGCUAGCAGACGUCCAAUUAUGGGGCCCAGACUGGGUGAGGGAUUUGUGACAAGAUGGCCUGAGCUGGGUACCCCUAACAUGAAUAAACUGUCUAAUGUGCUGUUUGUGUUUCUCAGCUUAUACCAAUCACCUCCAAUUAGUGAUUACAUAAUCCACUGUUGCACUGGGUCCCUUGCACAUAAAAGGAAAAAUUUUUGUUGCAAUAUUGAGUCCUAGGAUAGACUGAAAAAUAGUAUUUGAAUUACCUGAAAUUUCUAUGCAGCUUCUAGAUGGCACUUGAGAUUUGCUGGGCUCUAGAUGCUACUUUUUUCUUUUCUUUUUUAAACAGCUUUAUAGAGGUAUAAUUUAUAUGCUGCACGACUUACUGGUUCUAAGAAUACAGUCCAGUUACAUCUCGCAUGCACUUAGAGUUGUGCGGUCAUCACCACAAUCCAGCUUUAGAAUAUUUCUAGCAACCAAACGACCCCUUUGCCUGUCUGCAGACUCAGAUCUAACCAAAGUUGAGCGCAGUUGCCCUUAUACAGAAGAUGAAAAAGAUUAGCGUAGGCUUUAUCUGGUUUUGUUAGAGGAGAGGUGUGUUUGAUCCUAAGCUCAGGCACCUUAUGGUAAUGUAUUAAAUGUUAUCUCAAACACUGUAAUUAUACAAAAAUUUAAUGAUCUGGGUUGGGAUUAAUGAUAACAUGUAAUUGAGUCUGCUGUUUCUGUAGCAGUGCUGGAUAAUAGAAAAAUAACAUGAGCCAUAAAUGUAAUUUAAAAUUUUCUAUCUGCCACAUUAAAAAGAUAAAAAGCAGCUGGUGUUAAUGUUAAUGAUACAGGUUUUAACUCAGUAAUCCCAAAUAUUACCAUUUAAUCUUGUAAUCAGUGUAAAAACUGAUUAAGAUGGCUUAUACUCUCCUUCUAUACUAAUUUGUUGAAAUCUAGUGUGUAUUUUACUGGGUUGAAUGAGCCACAUUCUAAGCGUGCAUUGUCCACAUUAGGCCAGCAGCGUGCGGUGGCCAGCACAGAUCUGUUUGGUUUCAUUCGUCUUUUUAUAGUAUGAAGUGAUGAGUUUCACAGAAUUACUCUCUUAAUUGCAAAAUGUUUUCUGGUCCCUGGAGCCUCCUGCUUGCCAAAUAGAGACUUCUGAACAUCAGAAAUCCAUUCAUUGUUGUUAAUAAUGUAAAAAUUGUAGCCAAAAAAGCUUUUCCUUUAAAAAUAAGGUGGACCGGCCAUGAAUGAAACAAACAAAAAAACUAUAAUCUGCCGUGUUAGAUGUAUCUUCUCUAGUUUCUAGCUAGUUUGCAUUAGAAAUCUAUUUAUGCAGGAAAUACUGGCACAGGACUGUUUUCAGUACGUGUCCCCUAUUUUUGUAAGGACAUUAAUUUCAUAUAAAAAUUAGUAGUUUAACACAA